AUGGCGGAGCUCGGAGGUGGUGAUGGCCAUGAGGACGGCCGAUGGGUGGCGCUGGAGGUGGGCGACGAGAGAGGAGGGCGGCUUGGGGAGGAGUUCGGUGCAGCCAAGGGUGGGGACGAGCUCAGGCGAGGGCGGUGGGGGAGCGGCGGCGAGCUGGAGGCGGCACAGGUCGAGCUCAUGGGAGGCGACGGUCGGCGCUUGAUAGGAGUUGAUGGGUGCGGUGGUGAUGGUCUGAAUAAGAAGAGAUGGAGAGAGAGAAAGAUGGGGGGUCCGCCAUUACCCCUCUUUCCAGAUCUCCUGCCUCCCCUUUCUCCUCAAUCUCCUCUAUUGCGGUGGUCGAGGGCGAGGGCGGUGGUCAGCAGUCAAGGGAGCCUUAAGAGCAAGGGCGGUGGUCGAGGGAGCCUCGAGGGUCAAGGCGAGGGUGGCCUUGAGGACAGAGGUCAAGGGCUAGGGUCAAGGGCGAGGGCGGUGGUCGAGGGCAGCCUCGAGGGCGGUGGUCGAGGAAGCCUCGAGGGGGAGGGCAAAGGCGGUGGUCGAGGGUGA